AUGGAGAACCAGCAGUUGAAUAAUGGCGACGACGCCUUCAUAGCCCUGUCGUACAGCUGGGCUAUGGCCAACGGAGACGAUUCCAAAUCACGAUCCGUGGUAGUUGAUGGACGGCGGCUCCUUGUGACUCAGAACCUUUUCGAAGCUAUGCUUCAGGUACGGCAGUCAUAUGGUGCGGUUCGCCUUUGGGUCGAUGCGAUAUGCAUCAGCCAAGAGGAUAUCGAAGAGCGGAAUGAACAAGUCUCUCGAAUGAGCAGUAUUUAUGCCAGCGCGGCGGAAGUCAUCGCUUGGCUUGGGGCGGAGGAAGACUUACAAGCCUUCCGCAUCCUAGAUUGCCUUGGGUCGAAUUCAUGCGACCUCAAGACUUCCACCAUACAUACCUUCAAAGCGUCCGACGGCAAAGUGAUCGGUUUGUGCGAGUUUCGACACGAAAAAGAAACGUCGCGCAACGACCUCGAUCCUGACGCUUUCCCACUGCGGUCCUACGCCCUUGAGCUUGCUACAUGCGUGAACGGUGUCUUGAACCGACGAUACUUCAAUCGUCGCUGGGUCGUGCAAGAGCUGUUCUAUGCGAGACACUUGCGCUUCCUCUAG